AUGCUUAGACCGGGCGCGGAGGCGGAGGCGGCGGCGGAGGAUCCGGGCGGUCACGGCGCCCACAAGAAGAAGCACAAGAAGCACAAGAAGAAGCACAAGAAGCGGCACCACCGGGAGGAGCCCGGACCGGACCCGGCGGCCGCCCUGCCCAAGCCGCAGCUGAAGCUCAAGAUCAAGCUGGGCGGCCAGAUCCUGGGCACCAAGAGCGUCCCGACUUUCAGCGUGAUCCCGGAGAGGCCCCGGUCCCCCUCCCCACUUGCGGUGGCGGACGACGAGGAGGAGCCCAUGGAAGGCGGUGUGCCCAUCGAGCAGUACCGGGCGUGGCUGGAUGAAGACAGCAACCUGGAGCCGUCCCCGUUGCCAGAACUUGAUCCAGAAACGGGCUUUCCGCCACGGGAGGAAGAAGAGGAGCAGCGGUGGCUGGAUGCCCUGGAGCGGGGGGAGCUGGAUGACAAUGGGGAACUGAAGAAAGAGGUGGACGAGUCCCUGCUCACUGCCCGGCAGAAAGCCCUCUUGCACAAACAGCAGGGCCAGCCCUUGCUGGAGCUGCCCAUGGGAUACAAGGCCAAGGAGCUGACGGAGGAGAUGCUGGUGAAGCGGGAGGAACGGGCUCGUAAACGGCGGCUCCAGGCUGCCAAAAAGGCCGAGGAGAACAAGAAUCAAACCAUCGAGCGCCUCACCAAGACCAGCAAGGCCAAAGUGAAGACGCUGCGUGAGCGCAAGGCCAAAGGCACAGCAGUCCCCACCGUGAGCUACCGCAGCGCUGCCUCUGGGAUCACCGUCUCCUUCCCACCUGGGACUUCCCUGCCUGUGUUGCCCUCCCUCCCGAGGGUCAUGCCUCCCCCCAUGCCAUGUGGGGUCAUCGGCUGCCCCAACCUAAAGCGGUACUCCUGUUCCCGCACUGGGAUCCCCCUUUGUAGCCUGGAUUGUUACAAAAAGAACCUGCUGCUUCAGGAGGUGCCAGCAUAGUCACUCUGGUGGACAGUCAGUGCCUGACGGGCACCCCAGAGGCCUCUGUGGUCUGGAAGAGGCAGGCCAGCCCUGCUCCCAGCUGCCUGCGGGCAGAGGGGCAAGGUGCCUUGGGAUCUGCACAGCAGCAGCAGCCUCUUCAGCCAGAAGCACAUCGCUGGCUGUGCCCAUUGGGAGCCCCUUGGACAGCUCCUCUUGCUGCGACGUUGGGAGUGCGUCAGAAGUUGAGGGCUCCGUUCCUCUUGACCUGCUGCAAUGGGAAGGAGAGGACCCUGGUGUGUGUUUGGACUUGGAAGACGGUGGCAAUGGCGGCAGGCAAUUUUGCUGGUCUUUCUGUGGGCUGCUUCUUCCCAAGGCGGAUGGAAGCAGGACUACUCUUUUUCAUUUGUACAAGAUGCAGAGAAAAGUGGCUGGUUAUUCACAGGCCUUCACUAAGUCAGGUAGCCUGCAUGAAAAUUGAUUUAUUGUCAACAUUAAAGCUACCCUAAAGCUAAC